CAACGCGACAACGUUUGACCUCGACCUCGUCAUCCGGCUACACUAUCCAUUAAAAAUUUUCAAGCCCUAUUCGAAUCAACGUUUUCACUUGUCGCAUGGUUUCAUGACUGUUGACGAAUAAAAUAUUUUCUUUUCAAACCUGCGCUGGACCCGCGCCAUCCGCUCAUACCCUCCAUCGCCAGUGGCUACUGUGCUCAACGAAUCGCCGCUCUCCUUCCACCGUUAUCGACCAUUGACAACCCAUUUCAUCAGAAAUGGCCACCGACUACAGCAAGAAGACCAAUGCCGAGCUAGUGGAGAUCCUUAAGUCUCGCUCACUCCCACAUACCGGUAAGAAGGCGGAAAUGGUUGCGCGUCUUCAGGAGGAUGACAACAAGACCCAAUCGGCUGCGCCUGCCGCGAAAACCGAUAACGCAGAGGACGUUAUCGAUUGGGAGGAUGACGACGUUCCUGCCGCAGAAAAGCCUUCUACGGAGGCUGGUGCUGCUGCUAUCGCUGCUGGGGGCCAGGGCGCCGUGUCUAACCCGACUGCGGUUCCAAACCAGCAGCAAGACACCGACCCUGCUACUACGGACGAUCUUAAGGUAGAAUCUCAAGGGGCAACUGCCUCAGACGUGCAAGAGGGACAGAAGACAGCCACCGCGGAGGCACCUGAGACAGCAGAAACUGCCCAGGCUGAGGAGAAGCCGGCGCCGAACUACUCAAUCGGCCUCUCUGUCACCGACAUGGAGGAGGAAUUGAAGAAGCGCAAGGCACGCGCGGAGAAAUUCGGCAUCACGGAGGACUCGAAGGCUGCCAUCGAAGAGGCAGAGAGGAAACUGGAGAGGGCUAAACGCUUUGGUGCUGCCCCUGAGGAGGAGACGGUUACCGCCGGAGUUAGCAAGUUGGACCAGGCACUUCCCACCGAGAAGGCCCGUAAGAGGGGUCGCGGCGAGAAUGACCAAGGCAGGCGUGGAGGCAAAAGACGUGAUUUCGGCGGGAGGAACAAAAACCAAAACCAAAACCAGAAUCAGAAUCAGAAUCAGAACCGGCGACGGGGCCAGGGUAGCCGUAACCAAGGUCAUAACCAGCGAGGAAAUGAGAAGAGCACCAGUAGUGGCUUAAGUGAGAAGGAUAAGCUUGCUCUGGAGGCCAGGAAGAAGCGAUUUGGGACUGCUGCGUGAUUACAUCCAUGUUUCAUUACAACUUCUAUUCGUCAUUUAUUUAAACUGGUUCAAUAUCAUAGGCGUUUUUGAGGGAAUCAUUAUUGUGGCAUCUUUCAAGGGAU